AUGGCUUCUUCUUCUUCUUCUUCUUCUUCUUCUUCUUCUUCUUUUUCUUUUCCUUCUGCUGACCUUAAGAGAUUCCAUGUAUUUCCGAGCUUCCACGGUCCAGAUGUCCGUAGAAAAUUUCUCAGUCACUUAGAAAACCACUUUGCAAGCAAGGGAAUCACGAUGUUCAAAGAUCAGGAGAUCGAGAGAGGCCACUCGAUCAAACCUGAACUAGUAAAAUCAAUUAGAGACUCGAGGGUCUCGAUCGUUCUGCUCUCGGAGAACUACGCUUCUUCAAGCUGGUGUCUAGAUGAACUGGUUGAAAUCUUUAAAUGCAAAGCAGAUCAGGGGCAGAUUGUGAUGACCAUUUUUUACGAUGUCAAUCCAUCCGAUGUACGGAAACAGAGCGGGGUUUUCGGGAGCGCUUUCGAGAAAACCUGCCAAAGGAAAGCUGAUGAGGAAAUGAAGCAGAGAUGGAGCAAAGCUUUGACUGAUGUAGCAAACAUUGAAGGAGAACAUUCUCUCAACUGGGCCAACGAAGCAAAUAUGAUCCAAAAGAUCGCUGCAGAUGUUUCAAACAAACUGAAUGUUACACUGUCAAGGGAUUUUGACGACAUGGUGGGUUUGCAAGCUCACUUGAGAAAAAUGAACUCAUUGUUAUGCCUAGAGUGUGAUGAUGUGAAGAUGAUCGGAAUCUGGGGUCCUGCGGGAAUCGGUAAGACUACCAUUGCUAGAGCUUUAUACAAUAUACUUUCCAGCGAGUUUGGACUUAAAUGUUUUAUGGGGAACCUUAGAGGAGGAAGUUAUAGGAGCACAAUGGGUGUUGAUGACUAUGAUUCCAAGUUGUCUUUACAAAACCAACUUCUGUCCAAGAUUUUGAACCAAAAGGAGAUGAAGAUACAUCAUUUAAGUGCCAUAAAGGAUUGGCUACACGAUCAACGAGUGCUCAUCAUUCUUGAUGAUGUAGAUGAUAUAGAGCAGUUAGAAAUUUUGGCUAAAGAACGUUCUUGGUUUGGUCCUGGGAGUAGGAUUGUGGUGACCACGAAAGAUAAAACGAUUUUGAAGGCACAUGGGAUCAACGACAUCUACAAUGUGGGUUAUCCAUCUCAAAAGGAAGCUCUUGAGAUGUUAUGUUUAUCUGCGUUCAAGCAAAGUUUUGUACCAGAGGGUUUUGAAGAGGUUGCAAGUAAAGUAUUAAAGCUUUGCGGUUAUCUUCCCAUAGGCCUCUGUGUUGUGGGUUCAUCUUUGCGUGGGGAGAGCAAGCAUGAGUGGGAAAUUCAGUUAUCUAGGAUCAAAAGUAAUCUUGAUAGUAAAAUUGAGCAGGUGUUAAGAAUGGGAUAUGACAGAUUGUCCAAGAAAGAUCAAUCUCUAUUCCUUCACAUUGCCAACUUCUUCAACGGUUGGUUUGUUAAUCAAGUGAAAUCCAUACUCGCUGACAGUAAUUUGGAUGUCACAAUUGGGUUGAAGACUCUGGCUGAUAAAUCUCUGGUGCAUAUACAUUCCAACGGGUCGAUAGUGAUGCACUUUCUACUACAACAAUUGGGUAAGCAGAUAGUUCUUGAACAGUCGGAGGAACCCGGGAAACGCCAGUUUUUAGUAGAAGCUGAAGAUAUUCGGGAUGUCUUAGCAAACGGAACAGGUACUGGAUCUGUCAUAGGUAUAUUUUUUGAUAUGUCCAAGGUUGGCGAGUUCUCGAUGAAUGGACGAGCCUUUAACGAAAUGCGUAACCUCCAAUUCAUAACAUUUUACGUUGGUGAUUUAAGUGGAAAAGCUAGAUUGCCCAUACUAGAUGACAUGGAAUAUCUACCUCGCUUAAGGUUACUAAUUUGGGAAUCAUACCCGAGAAAACGUCUUCCUCCAACUUUUCAACCGGAAUGUCUCAUCGAGCUCUGUAUGAAAUUCAGCAAGCUCGAGAAGCUCUGGGAAGGAACUCAGCCUCUUCCAAAGCUCAAGAAGAUGGAUUUGAGCAAUUCCUUUAAGUUGAAAGAAAUCCCAAAUUUAUCCGAGGCUACCAAUCUCGAGAUACUGAUACUUUCUUCUUGCACAAGUUUGGUGGAGCUUCCUUCUUCUAUUUCAAAUCUACGCAAACUGAAGAGGUUGUGGAUGACCGGAUGUGAAAAUCUACAAGUUAUUCCAAACAACAUCAACUUAUCAUCUCUUGAGGAAGUCAGCAUGAAAUCUUGCUCACGAUUGAGAAGCUUGCCAAACAUAUCGUGGAGCAUCAAGUGUCUUGAUGUCGGAGGCACAAGGAUACAAGAAGCUCCUAAGUCAACUGAUGAACGGUGGUCUCGUUUAGAGUGCCUUCAUAUCGACGGUAGAAACCUCGAGAGAUUAGCACAUCUCCCGGAAAGUGUAAGGAGCCUAGAUUGCAGCAACAGUGAUAUAGAGAGGAUUCCAGAUUGCAUCGUGGGUCUUCCUCGUCUAGUGACGCUUAACGUCAAAAACUGCGUAAACCUCGAGACAAUUCCAGCUCUUUCCCGUUCGCUUGAGUUGCUAUAUGCAAGCGAAUGUGUAUCACUCAAGAAAGUAUGUUGCACUUUCUACAACCCAGUCAAGAUACUCAUGUUCUACAACUGUUUGAAACUGGAAGAAGAAGCAAGAAGAAAAAUCAUACAACAAUCGGUCAACAUGUAUGCAUGCUUGCCAGGUAGAGAAAUCCCUGCAGAGUUCACCCACAAAGCUACGGGAAACUCCAUCACCAUCGAUAUGGUUCCUGGUGGUCUGUCCUCAAGACUUAAGGUUUGCCUUCUGCUUUCUCCAACCAAUGGCAACCCAUGCAGCAUUCAUAUAAUUGGUCGUCUAAAAAGCAGAGGAGGUGUCCUUUUUACUGAAUUAAACGAAUGGGCUUUGACAACACAGUCUCGUGGAUCUCCAUCAGAACAUCUGUUUACAUUUGGUGGUGACUUAUUUCACAAGAAAAACAUAUGCCAUGAAGUGGAUGUGACUGGGAGCGAGAAGAUUGUGUUUGAAUUCAGUUGUAUGAGAAACGACGUCAAGAUUAUUGAGUGCGCCGUACAGAUUUUGAAGGAGGAACCUCAGAGAAACCAAGUAGGCUACUUUGAAACUGGAGGCAACAACACAAAUGAAGAUGGAGUCUAUGAAGCAGAAGAUAAAAACUUCAAAAACAGUAAACAUCCAGGUUGUUGGAGUUGGCUUAAAAAAGCUUGA